UUUUUUUUUUCCAAACUAUAUAUAGUAGUCAUAUAUAUAUAGUCAUAUAUAUAGUCAUAUAUAUAUAUACAUUAUGCUUGUUGACUUACCACCCGAGCUUCUUUCUCAAAUAUGGUUAUUAUUACCUCGGUCAAGUCUCAACGAAAUCUCCCAGACAAGUCGUAGAUUUUAUAUUAGUGCUCUUCCAACUCUUUACACUACCAUUACUCUCAGUUUCCGAAACCAUAUUCGGCAAUUACAAGCUAGUCUAAAGGAAAACGACAAGAAUGGAUGGCUUAACCAUGUGAUUCAACAACAUACCAUGGAAAUCGUACUCAAGUGCAAGCAAAGUGGUCAACAUCGUUUAGUGACCGAUGUACGUUGUCUUCUUCCUCAUUUGCCUCAUAUACACACUCUUACUUUGGUUGACUUUCAUAUGUUAUCGGUUCAUCUUAUCAAUCCUCUGUGGACAGCCUUACCUCAUCUUCAACGUGUUGUGCUUCGUUAUUGUGAUCUUGUAGCUACUCCUUCUAUUCCUUUUGGUUUAUAUGCUGCCCAAGGGACUAAUACUACUGCUACUACUACUAUGGACUUACAACAACAACAACAACGAAAUUCUUCUAUUACGACAUUGGAGCUAUAUUGGACUGAUUUUCCUAAAACUGCCAUUGAUGCAUUACUAUCAGCAUUACCAGCACUCAGCAAAGUUCAUUUUGGUGCCAAUCACAAUCGACAUAUCAUGGCUAACAAUAUUGCGCUUCAUUCCUUACAAAAAUAUUGCUCGCAUGUCAUGGAUUUGGAUAUUGGUCUUCAAGAAGUAGGUGAUCAAACAUUGGUCGAUUGUAUUGCAUUUUAUGGGACUCAAUUACGACGACUCUCUGUUCCAAGCCGUAGUCCUCAAACUCUUUUUGCCAUCACCAAGUAUGCUACUCAGGUACAAGAUUUGACCGUUCGAUUCAAUUUGGAAACAAACUGGAUAUCAUCGCCCUCUUCUUCUACACUAACAUCCACUAGAGAUAGGCAACAACAUGAUAAUCAUCUCAACAACAGAACUACCCAACAACAACAACAAGGAAACGAUGAAGAUCAAGAAGAAAAAGGGGGUUUAUUGAAUGUACUAUAUCAAUGUCAACGUCUGGUACGUGUACAAGUAGUAUCUAUGUGUCCAAUGACUCAUAACCAGCAACCUAUGGAUCAGUUACCUUCUCCUAUUCGCAAAGCCUUGACCAUUGUAGCAAAAAGACGACGACCACCAACUGUGAUUCAAAAAUGUCCUUCAAAUAUCAAUAAUUGCAACAGGGAUACAUCAUCUUCUACUUUGGACCAGUUGAAACGAGAUACCAUGACAAUGACAGCAGCAAAAGAGAAAAAAGCUAACCAUACAUCAUCUUUUCGCCGUGGUGAUGUAACAGAGGAUACAACCUUAUUGACGGAAAAGACAAUGGGCAUGAAACAUCCUCAAGGUGAAAAACACAACGACAAUCAAUCUCAUAUGGAUAGAGUGAAUCGACAAACGUCCCCUCUUAUUGAUGAUGAACUUGGCAACGAUGAUGAUGACGAUGAUGAUGAUGAUUCUUUGGAAAUUAAUGCAAGAACAACAUUUAGGGCUCAAUCUUCUCGACCUUCUUUGACAAAUAAUAGUGGAACUUUGUAUUAUCUAGGUGAACAUCCUUUUCAGCAACGGCGUCCAAGAGAUCCCAUUCGAAUAGAAACGACGUUGAUCUUGGAUAAUGAACAAUUACAAGAAAUCCGAACUCAAGCCGCUUCCUCUUUGUGAACUCAUCUGGUGUUAUUAGCUUUUUUUUUAUUUACCUUUUUUUUAUUUUUUAUAUUAUUGUACAUUAGAUAUUAUUACAUUCCUACUUGAUUUCUCUCUCUCUCUCUCUCUCCUUCUCUUCCUUAGACAACAUACUCCCCAUCUCUUUCCUAAUGAUAAACCAUUCAUAUAUAUUUUUUUUAUAUCAAUAAAGAUUCAGUGACUUUCAAGAAAAAGCAUCAUCAUUAAAAAAAAG